AUGAAAAACCACAAAAGUUUAAGGGACACUGUUUUAACUGGUUCACAGUGUAAAAAUGAUGACGACUGCAGCUCUACCGGUCAAAAGUGUAUCAAAGGAGAGUGCUUCUGUGGUACUAAAGAUGUGCAAUGUGAAGACAGUAAACAGUGUAAGGAGGGAAAAUGCUAUUGCGGUAAUAGUGAUAAACCCUGCGUACAAGGUGAAGAAUGUGUAGAGGAGAAUGGUACUAAAGUUUGUAAAAAAUGUGGUGGAAGACUUUGUGGAGAAGCCGAAAUUUGUUUUGGUGACCAAUGUGCCUGUGGGAUGUAUACCUGUAAGGACAAUGAAUUGUGUGCUGAGGACAACAAUGGUACCCUAAAAUGCUGGUGCGGCAAAAAAACGUGCAGUGAUUCAGAGAAGUGUGAGAAUAAGCAGGGCAAUACACCGGAAUGCUACUGCGGUGAAGAAAAGUGCACUCCUCCAUUAACGUGCGGGAAGAAAGACGGUACCCCCAGCUGUCUAUGUGGGAACAAUAAAUGCAAGCCAAAUGAGGAUUGUACCGGUACUGGUGACGGUACCUUUACUUGUAAAGAAACAACCCCAAAACCAGACACAGAUACAACAGGUGACUAA